UUGUUUCUCGCCGAAGAACAAUGCCGGUCAACGUUCCCCGGUCUGACCAGAGAAAUAGACUUGGCCUCCGCUGAGGGCCUUUUUCAGAUCGGCCUCGACGAUGCCUCUGUGUCGCUGCUUGGCCAGAUCAAAGAUAACAAGCUGCUGGUUAUUCGGGCGCCCAGACCGUCGGACAUGUCUGAUCAAUGGAAAGAGCGACAAAGAGCCGCCCUGAAUCAGAUAAACCGCGCCAUCCUCACUUCGCCAACCCGCCUCCCGGACACCGUUUUCAACCUCUACAUCCAGGAUACGCCCGUAUCCAAGUCGUGGUCUCACAGCCGGCCCGUCAUAUCCUCGUCUCCGAGACACAUAUUCCCCAUCCCUCACUUUGCCUUUUGGGCGUGGAACCAGCCGUUCAUCCGCUCCAUCCCCCACGCCGCGGCGGCUAUCGCUGAUAUCGAGGCGGACCUGCCCUUCGAUAAGAAAGACCGCCGCGCUGUCUGGCGCGGGACGGCUUGGUUCAACAACGGUGCCAGCGCGAACCCGAGGUCAAGACAGGAACUCCUCAGGGUUACCAAGGAUGCGCCAUGGGCUGAUGUAGAGUCAUUGGAAUGGACGAACAAUGGGGAAAACGCGACCAACGCCCUCAGGAUCGAAGACUUCUGCCGACACAAGUACAUCAUACACACCGAGGGCGUGUCGUACUCCGGGCGCCUCCAGUUCCAUCAGCUGUGCGGGAGCGUGGUCCUCAGUCCGCCCAUCGAGUGGAUGCAGCACACGACGCACCUCGUCAAGCCGGUCUACUCAAGCCUCUUGCUAAACCAAGCCAAGGCAAAGAAUGCUGGAGCUGGCUCCUCGGGCAAACCAGGCCCAUACCAAUACCCGUCUUCGAGAGCUCGAGAGACGUGGCCGGCGACUGUUCGGCCGGAGGAGGCAAACAUGGUCUUCGUCAAGCCGGAUUGGUCGGACCUGGAGGCGACGGUCGUCUGGUUGGAGGGGCAUCCCGGCGUGGCACGUGGCAUCGCGGAACGGCAACGGGAGCUGUUUGCCGGACGCGGCUACCUGAGCCCGGCCGCGGAGGUCUGCUACUGGCGGGCGCUGAUCAGGGGUUGGGGCAAGGUGGUACGCGCUGACGAUGCCGUUUGGGAGAACACCGAGGCUGUCAGCUGGGAAGAGUUCAGUGUCAAGACCGAGAAGACCCAAAAGCGGCCGUGA